CUAUGUACGAUUUAUUUCUCAAAGGGAUUCGGUUCUGCCUUUCUUAUUCAUUUUCAGGUGCUAUUUAGUUAUUAAUAAGCCAUUUUCCGAGUUUCGAGUAAAGGCUUUUGUAGAUUGUGUUUGAAUUUUUUUGCUUUACUUUUUUAUUUAUGAGAUCAUUUUUGGUAUCAUGUCUCUCCAAGCUAGGAUAAAUGAGGAGGGUGUUGUAAUAGGCGCAUGAUGGUUAACAAUAUUACUUAGUCACAUCAUAUGACCUGAAUUGUAAUAUGAAUAUCGCUACGGCUAAGUCAUCGCCCGUAAGCGAUAUGUCAUCCCUCGGUGUGGGGGAGUCAAAUAUGCAAGGGCACGCGGCACUUCAUGGACCUGUGUGUGGUGAUAAGAAUGCUAAGGUUUCUAAGUCAUCCUCCUAUUGCGCGGGGAUGGUGUCAAAUAUGUGAAGGCAUGGUUGGGGUCGAGGUGGUGUUAAGAAUUGAAGGUGGUAGUGCUAGAUUGCGCUUUGAGACAUGGAAUGCGGGGUCUCUUAUGGGAAGAUCAUUUGAGGUAGUUGAGGCUAUGAAGAAAAAUACCAGCAUUAUGUGUGUGCCAAGGUUCGGUAUUGUGUGUUGCGUAGUCGUUGGAUUAUUUAUUAUUGCAUAUUGCAUACGCCUCGUUGCGCAAUGAGGUGUACACUUGAGGCGUAAAAUUUAUGUAUGCGUAUAUGUGUGUGUGUGUUUAUAAACACAAUUAAUAACAAAGAGAAGUACUCAUCAAAAGCCAUCUCCAUGUUUGUAAGACUUCACCUUUAAUAACCAUGCUCAUUGUAUAUCAUCUCCAUGUUUCCACGCUAGGUCUACUAUUUGAUUAGGCAUGAUGAUACCGGGCUAAAAAAACUACAUAUGGUGAAAAACAAUGAGCGAAUGAUAUAUUAACAAAAUAAUAAUAUUAACCUCGUAGCUAAUACAUAUAUUAAGAAUUUAAGAUAUUUUCAUAAUAAUAAAUAAAUAAAAAAUUAUUAAGGCGCGAUGGAGGAUGGGAGAAUAAAAGAGAGGUGGAGGUCAUACUUUGAUACUAUCUUCAACGGGAAUAAAGCGCAAGAUAUAAAUGAUCUUACUAUAUCAGAUUGUAUGGUAAAUCGGGAUUUUGUGAGAAAGAUCUAAGCUAUAGAAGUUAAACAGGCUCUGUGGUAAGGAUGGAGUGGAAGAAAGCAGUUGGUCCAGAUAGCAUACUGAUCGAGGUCGGGAGAAGUUUGGGAGAAAGAGACAUCGAGUAGGUAACACGUUUCUUGAAUAAGAUUUGGAAAACAAUAAAAUGUCAUCGAGUUGACGGAAAAGUGCUCUUAUUACCCUACUUCAGAAUAAGGAGGACAUACAAGAACGAUGUGCCAAUUAUUGAGGGAUUAAGCUUAUGAGUCAUAUCAUGAAACUUUGAGUGCUAGUGAUUGAGCAAAGGUUCUGAAGUCAAUCAGAGUGCACCAAGAAUCAGCUCUCAGUCAUUUUCUAUUUUCUAUAGCUAUGGAUGAACUUAUGAAGUCAAUUAAAGAAGAUAUACCGUGGUGGAGGUAGCCAACGAGAUAACAAUAUUGUAUUGAUUGAUGGGACAUAGUCGAUUGUUAAAACAAAGUUGGAAGGAUUGCGACCAACAUUGGAGAAUAAGAGUUUCAGACCGAGUUGAAGGAACAUUGAGUAUAUGGAGUGAAAGUUUGGUGGAGGUAGCAACAAUGGUAAAGUGGGAUUACCCUAGAUGAUAAAAAGACAUAAGUCAGUGAUAUAUUCCAUUACUUGGGUUCCAUAAUUCAGAAGGAUGGUGAACUAGAUGAAGAUGUAUCUCAUAGAAUCAAAACGUGGUGAAUGAAAUGGGAGAGUGCGUUAGAAUUUUUAUGUGAUCAAGGUAUGACGACUAGAAUGAUGGGUAAAUUUUAUCGGACGACAAUUAAAUCUGCAUUACUAUACGGAGUAGAGUUAGGUGGUGAAAAAAUGUCACAUUUAAAAUAUGAGUGCGGUAAAGAUGUGAAUGUUGCGUUGAAUGUGUGGAAAUAUUAGAAAUGACUGCUUGAGGAAUGAGACAAUCAGAAAAAAAGUGGGACUGUGGGAGUAAUACCUAUUGAACAUAAGAUGCGAGAGUGUCGAUUGUGGUGGCUUGGUCAUGUGUGCUUAGAAGACCGAGUGAUGCACAUGUUAGACGAGUUGAGAGGUGUGAGGAUGAGGCGGAGAUAAGAGGGAGAGACAAACUCAAAUAGACGUGGAUUAUAGGAGUUAGGAGUGAUAUGCUUCUUCUUGGGUUGGAUGAGAGUAUGUUUUUGAUAGUUCGUGUUAAUGAUUGAUCUCUUUUCAUUUUUUUUAUCAUUUUAUAUUUUUUUUCUUUCUUAAGUUCUUUAUCCUUUUAUCUUUUUUAGUUUAUAUUUAUUCUUUUUAAUCCUUUUUUAUCUUACUUCCUCUGUUUCUUUUUAGUUAGCCAUCUUUGACUUUUCCCGUCAAAGAUGCUAGACUUUGAUCAAUAAUAUGUUUAUAUACGUAAGUAUUUAGAAUAUGAAAAAGAUAUGAAAAUGUUCUUUGUUAAAAAUACUAUCAAAAAGUAUACAAUUUAUAUUUUUCACUAAAUUAUAGAUGUUAAAACUAUUAACCAAAGUUUACUAUAAUUGUUCAGAAAAAUGAGUGACGGCUAACUAAAUAGAGGCGGAGGCAGUAUUACUUUUUUAGCCGAUUCCAAUAUCUUUUGGGACUAAGGCUCAGAUGUUGUUGUUGUACUUUUGUUAAUUAUGACAUACAUAUGCUCAUACUUGAAAAGGCGUGUUAAAAUGUAAUUUCUCAACCCCCUUUUAAAUGAUACACAUGGCAUUCAUUUUGUUAAACCUAUUAUUACUGUUGUUGUUCUUUGAUCAUUUUUCCUUGACAAUUUUUUCAAUUUCCAAACAUCAUUUUUGGUGUUUAAUAUAAUAUUUUAUGUAUUUCUAAAGGGUAGGUGUUUCUGUACUCCCCAAUUAUGAAUUUGUAGAAAUUUAGUUACUUGUUGUUAACUUUUUCCAAAUUAUCCAUGUUUAUGCUUUAUACUUCUUGGUAGCAGUUUUAGUUCCUUAUCUGUAGUGACUUUAGUCCCCUGCGGUUAUCAGUGAAUAACUAGAACUGUCACCAAAGGUUAUGAUCAAGGAUGGCUUUUGCAACAUUUAACAAAAAGCCACUAAAAAUGUUACAACUGCCUAACUGAGGGACUAAGAAAGCAAUUUAACCUUUUCAAAUAAAGAAAUUUUAAACACUAGGGUCGAAAAUUUUAAUAGGAAACAUGAAAAGCAUUCUCACCUAAUGAUGGCGCGAGAACCCGUUAAGGACUCUGCGAAAGCAUGAUAAUGAACCAAAAAUGUCUGGCUAUUGUUACCUUAAAAUAUGCAUUAGCUCAUAUCAUUCACUUCCCUCUAUUACAGCCAAAACUGUUAAGUGAUACAAGACUUGUCACAAUUAACACUUAACAGUCUGACAUAAUCUAGAUAUCAUUCUUUUUUUGAAGUUAGGUGACUUUCAAAUGUCCUUUUUAUUUUUCAUAUAUAAAAUGUAAGUUUCUUGGCAUGUCUACUCAAACUGGCUCGUAGUUUUUUGUUGUUGUAAAAACAUAGAUAUGGAGAGUUGCUUCCCUACCCAUCUAUCUGGCUCUUGAGAUCUUACAAAUUGUGCUUAUAUAAAAAAUCUUCACCUCUCUGUAAAACAAAGAGUAACUAAGUCUUUCUUGUGAAUCCUACUCCCUCUCUAAAUUCAACACCUUGAAUGAUCUGAACUCUUAGAACCUAGAAAUAAAUAGAUGAAGGACCGACGAAAGAAUUUCCGAUACCAUUUGCUGGAAACGUGAGAAGCAUUCUCAAGAAGCGGUGGUACUCAUGUAUUUUCAGUAAGAACUCCUCAGACGGCUCUCUUUGACACAUUAAAGAACAAAAAGAGCAGGCUGUUUCAUCAGUUUAAGGUUGCAUUGACGACAUGGCUGCGGGGAAGAUACACGCUUCUGACUCCCGUAAUGCUUGUGGUGUGUCUGGGGAGCCACUUAUACUCCCUCGAGUGGGGGAUGAGUAUCAGGUUGACAUUCCACCAUAUACACAAAUUUGGACUGAUGGUGACAACUCUUGGGAUUCAUAUGUUGGAUUGCAUAUACCUUUAAGGUGGGCAAACCAGGGAAGAAGGACAAACAAAAGAGUGGAUAUGUCCAUUGAUGAGAAACAGCCAAAAGGGGAAUGCCCAGACUCCUGUUUAGUUCCAGAUGGCGAUGUUGAUCCAUUGACCAAUAUUGAGAAGAAAACUUUUCUCCUUGGUCUCUAUAUAUUUGAGAAAAACUUUGCUCACUUGAAAAGGUUCCUUCAAACGAAAAGGACAUGUGACAUAAUGUCAUAUUAUUAUGGGGAGUUUUAUAGAUCUGAUGAGUACCGUAGAUGGUCUGACGGUCGAAAAGUCAAAAGCCGGAAGUGUGUGUACGGGCAAAAACUGUUUAUUGGAUCAAGGCUGCAGGAACUGUUAACUCGCUUACUUCCCCACAUGUCAGCAGAUCGCCGAAAUGAAUUAUCGGAGAUUUCCAGAAGAUUUGGGGAGGGAAAAGUACGUUUGGAAGAAUAUGUCUUUACUUUGAAGUGUAUGGUUGGGAUAAACACUCUUAUAGAAGCAGUUGGAAUAGGCAAAGGAAAACAAGACCUCACAAAUGUAGCCUUAGAACAUACAAGGUCCAGUCAUGCCUUAACCAUGCGUUCGGAGGUACCUACUGGCAAAGCUUGCUCCUCUCUUACUCCCACUGAAAUUAUCAAAUAUCUCACUGGAGGUCAACGGCUGAGCAAAACACGGUCUAAUGAUUUGUUUUGGGAAGCUGUCUGGCCACGUUUACUGGCAAGAGGUUGGCAUUCUGAGCAACCUAAAAAUACAGCUUAUGCUGCUAGCUCCAAGCAGGGUUUGGUUUUUCUUAUGCCUGAUGUUAAAAAGUUUUCUCGGAAAUUCAUCAAGGGGACCCACUAUUUUGACUCUGUUACAGAUGUUCUGGCCAAAGUUGCUUCUGAGCCUAAAUUGCUUGAACUAGAUUCUGAAGAUCAAGAUGGCAACGAGAACCAAGGAGGAAAAGUGCAUGGUGUAGCAAAGGUGGACACUGAUGAUCUGUCUAUAAUAAGAAGCCACUCGUAUCUUCAACCGAGAACUCCUAAUCAAUCUGAUGAUGACAUGAAAUUUACAGUCGUUGAUACCAGCCUAUGUAAUUCUAAACCCUACAAAGUGAGGGAUUUUAGAAGCUUGCCAUUAGAAGUUUCAAAGAAACUGUGCCUUCAAAGUAAUUUUGAAGAUACUUCUAAGGACAAUAAUAAAGUGCCUACUGAUCCUGAUUCUAUUAAUACCAUUUCCUUUGAUCAAAGUGAGCCAAUUCGUUCUGGAUCCAAUACAAGCUUACAUAGUCGGGAAACAUCUCCUGGCAGGAUUGAUUUUGAAAUUGGCACUAAGAACCUAAAAAUAUCACAUUUUAGAAGCCAAGAGGUCCAUGGAAGCAAUGCCUUGAAUAAUGAAGAUCUUUCUGAUGAUGUCAAGUCAAUAGAAGUGGUGGAAGUGAAGCCCUUUAUCAGCCAUAAAGUAAGAAAAGAUUAUGUAAACAAUAUAGUCCCUGUUUCCAAACGUUCUCGGCGACUAUCUGCUUGUAAUCGCACCGCGACAACAAAUAUAGGUUGUGUUUCUAGAGGGGAGGUGGCAAUGUCCAGUUGCAGUUCAAGCAUGAAUACCAUGCCUGCAAACAAUGCAUUGCAGAUGGGAUCCCUUCAUGACAAAAUUUCGACAACUAUUUCAUCAAAAAGUAGCCCUUCUAUGAACAUUGAACGUGUACCUGUUAAUAGUUCUUGUUUUGCAGAAGUGUUUCCUGCUGGACAUCGACCAAGGAUCUUAAUCGAUCUUAAUGUGCUCCCAGUCUCAUCAGAUUCCGAAAAUGGACUCUCUGUAAUAGAUAUCACUGAAGAUCAAACUGAUAGCCUGAAUAAACCUGAAAGUCACUUUGAACAGAAGGUGUUAAGCAGCGUCAAUACUUCUUCUGAUCAGCAGCAUCCUGGAAGGAGGCAUAGCACUAGAACCCGUCCUCCAACUACAAGGGUACUGGAAGCUUUUGCCAAUGGGUUCUUGACUGUAAACAAAAGGCAGAAGAAUAAAGAAGUCAUUGGCUCACAACAAGACCAUGGAAAAACAAAGACUGGUGGGCUUGGCAAUAACUCUCAAGUUUCCAAGAUGGAAGAAGAAAAGGAUCAUGUUUGCAAUAAGGAAAAAAAUGAUGUGUUCGGCAAAUUCAAGCCUCCACCAAACGGAAAUGGAGGAAGCAUCACAGGCCUCUGAAUUUGUGAACCGUGUUCUCUCCUGUUCAGCGAUUAAAACUGGUUGCGGCUAUAUUGUAUGAUUCUUAUUUUUGUCAAGCUGCCCCUCUAAUAAGGUGAAGACAAAUGAAUGAGCUAAUUGUUGCUGUAUAAUCUUUGUUGAUAUCUUGUUGCUGGAAGUGAGCCCCAAGGAUUCGUCUAUUCUCAACCAUCUUGUGCAUUUUAUCUUUUUUUUUUUUCUCUGUUGCUUUCCUUGUUGAUAGUGUUAAGCAACUCACCUACAGCAUAUGAAUGUGCGACAUAGUUCAGUUCUGGAGAUAGUGGAUGUAAAUAUUACAUCGGUUUUAGAUAUCCUCCAUAGUUGUUUUUGUUUGUAUUUCCAUGACAGAGCGGAAAUGUGUUGAUUUUAUAGAAAUUAAAUAUAGCUAUAGCAAUUCAAAUGUAGUUCUCCGAGACCCCAUUCGUUAAUGAAAAUAUGCACAAUGGCUGGGAAAAUACUUUGUGUAC